GAGAGCAAAACCUACCUCCCACUCCCCUCAACGCCGCCGUCAUUCACUCCUCUUGCUGGACGCCGGCGGCGACCAUGGCAGAUCCUCCCCACCGCAGCCUCCCGGACGAGAUCACCAUCUGGGAGAUCCUCGUCCGGCUGCCCCCCAAAUCGCUCCUCCGCUGCCGCGCCGUCUGCCGCGCGUGGCGCAGCGCCACCUCCGCCCGCCGCUUCCUCCUCGCCCACCACGCCCUCCAGCCCACCCUCCCCCUCCUCUACGGCUUCAACUUCGUCGGCGACGAGGUCCAGUCCCUCGACAUCAUCCCCUUCCACCAGAGGGCAGGCGCCGGCCAGCUCCAGCUCCGGCCCGUCGCGCGGCUUGAGCAAGACUCCGACUUCCACCAUCUGGAGGCCUGCUGCGACGGCCUCCUCGUCCUCUCCUUCCGCAACACCAGCGUCCGCGACUGGCGCUUCGCCGUCUGCAACCCCGCUACUCGCCAGUACGCUCCCCUCCCCAUGGCUUAUGGCUCCGGCGUCGAGUACUCGCUCCUGGGGAUGUACCCGCACAUCCCCACCGGCGACUACCGGCUGUUGAUGUACCGGGCCUCAGCAUUGAUGCAUGGUGAACUGGUACCUGCCGCCGCUCAAGACGGCUCCUACAUCUUCACUUUAGGCUCCGGCCAGCCGCCGAUGCACAUAGGGUUCCUCGAUGCGGAGGUGCUGACAUAUACCUUUGGAUCUCUCCUGUUUCGUGGUAGCCUGCAUUGGCGCCCACCAGGCAACAUGAUAAUGGUGUUCGACACCACGACUGAGUUGUUCCGGCAGAUGCGCGCUCCGGUUGUUCUUGGCCAUGCUAAGUUGUUUCAGAUGGAUGAAAUGCUUGGCAUGUCCGGCUUUAAUGAUGGGGGGACAACCAUUGAUAUCUGGAUGGCGCAGGACUACGAGAGAGGGGUCUGGGCCUGCAAAUACCGGGUAGAGUUCUCGGUUGCAGACCUCACUCUGCGGUUUGGAAAGUUUGACGGAAGUUCUUGGGUGGUAGCCGUGCCUUGGGAUGGUGACGUGCUCCUACUGGUCAAUUUUGGUGAGUGGCUACUUCAUGUUGACAUUGGUGGCAAGUUGGUUGCUACUUUCCAUCGCAAAGGCCUCGGUCCUGCAAAUCUUCAGCUCAAGCAAACUCUUGUUCAACAUACCUUCUUUCCAACACUUGAGGGUUAUGUUGCCAACUCUGCGCCUUUCAUCUGACGGAUGUUAUAUCAAGUGGUGAUUCUAUCUAGCCCAACUGUCAGUAUCCUCAUGAGCUGCAGUGUGUAUCAGUUCGGUCCACUAUGAGCCUGCUAGUUUCAUUUUCAUGCAUAGACAAGUUAUGAUCAAGAAGCUUGACUAUUUCAUAGUUAUGUUUAUAUUUCUCUGAAUAUUCUUCUGGGCUGAAGUGGCUGCCGUAAGUCUUGAUGCUAAAGUUGCAAGUCUCUGUUUACUUAAGUGAAGAAUUAACUUCUCCUUUUAUCAAGGUCCUCUUUUUAUAGAUUACCAGUGCUCUUCUUAAUACUAAAUAAUUAGCAAAUGUAUAUUUGAUUUAUGUUUGUCUGUUUUGUUUUAGCUGACAAGAAAUGAGGCAGAUUAUCCUGUUUUAAUUGUAGUCAUUUUUUCAAUGAAAUGUUGUGCUGCAGUUCAUUUC